AUGUUUAGAUGGCGACCAGCUCCAUGGCUUGAAAACCAGUCAGAGGAGAAGUCGGAGAAAAUUCGGAAGCGCUAUCGCAUACUUGUGGAGGGUGAAGCGGUGCCCGCGCCCAUUCGGAGUUUCGCGGAGAUGUGUCUCCCUCGAGUGGUGAUGGAGGAGUUGCGUUCUCAUAGCAUCGUCAAACCCACUCCUAUCCAGAUGCAAGGUCUACCUGCAGUUCUCUCGGGUCGUGAUAUGAUUGGUAUCGCAUUCACCGGCUCCGGCAAAACCAUGGUCUUUGCCCUGCCCAUCCUUAUGUUCGCGCUCGAUCAGGAGUCCAAAAUUCCCUUUCUUCCUAGCGAGGCUCCCUACGGCCUUAUUAUUGGCCCCUCUCGCGAGUUGGCACGUCAAACGCAGGAUGUUUUGACACAAAUGGCCUCCAAGUUAGCCGAUGCCGGCUAUCCAGAGGUGCGUAUAGGUCUCUGUAUCGGUGGCAUGGCAGUUAAGGACCAAGUGGACAGUUUCCGUCGCUUUGGUGUUCACAUCCUCGUUGCCACUCCCGGUCGUCUCAUCGAUCUGCUGGAGAAGAAGGUAUUUAAUUUGGAAAUCUGCCGGUACCUUGUGCUAGACGAAGCCGAUCGCAUGAUUGACAUGGGCUUUGAAGAGGAGGUCCGAACCAUUUUCUCCUACUUCAGGGGCCAACGACAGACUCUUCUAUUCUCUGCCACAAUGCCGAAGAAGAUUCAGAAUUUCGCCAAGUCGGCGCUAGUGAAGCCGGUCACUGUGAAUGUUGGACGAGCGGGAGCCGCGAGCUUAAACGUU